UAAUGCCGUAAGUCAAGCUGGACAUCUAUUAGUUUAACGGCGUCGCAUUUGAAUUUUAAGUAACGAUUGCGGACGUAAUCUUCUUACGCAUGCGCCAUUGAGUUGAAGAACGUGAUGACCAUAAAUGAAACGCUAGAGUUUUGACAAUUUUUUCCCACUUUGUCUAAAAGGAGGCACCCACCAUCAAGAUGGAAGAUGACAAGUGUCAUGCAUUAUUCCAGAAAGUGUUUCGUGGAUUGUCACUUGCAGAGCAGCGCAAGGAGGAGGUUAAAGCGAAAAUAAGAAGCAGAAAGUCAGGCCAGCUUAAAGCAAAAUCUUCAGAUUUCAAAGAGUGCAUCGUGUGGGAUGAUGAAGUUAUGAUAUGUUCUCCACCAAACAACGAAGCUGCCAUGGAGGCUGUUAAGCAAGAUAUGAUUCUUAGACAAGAAAUCGAGAAAGUCAGAGCAGAGGGAUGUGAUCUAGAGAAAGAGAAAAAGCAAUUACAGGAAGAAAUAGCAAAGGAACUGGCUGAAUUGGCAGAAAUUAGAGAAAAGUUACACGAUCUUGAAGUUCUUGGAACACAUCUGUGGGUCAGACGUGUAUAUGAAGAAAAAUGUGAGAUUUUUUGUGAUGUAAAGAAGUUAGAAAAAAAUCUUCAGCAGUGCACAGAGCAAUUAUUUCCAGCCCUUAGACAGGAAUUUCAAGAGGUCCAAGUUGCACAAGGAAUAUACUUAGAUGCUUUGAAGAAAGAAAGUUCUGCUUUGAAGCUUCAGUUGAAGGAUUUACAAGAAAAGGGAAGGACAUUGAAGGCUGACGUUGCUGUUCUGGAAGCAGAGGAAGAGCUCUCCGAAGAGGCUUUGCAAGAAUUAUUGAUGCGAACAGGCUACAUUGCUGGUCAAGCAAAGAAUGAACAAUUUUUGAAAGCAGUGGAAGAAAGAAGGAGAGAAAAGAUAUUGUCAGAACUCGAAGCUCUUGCUGAAAAUGUGAAAGAAGGAUAUGAGAAAUUUAAAUUGUUAAAUGACAAUAAAGAACAGCGUGAAGUGUGAAUUAGGAUGAUUGAGAGAUGGAGUGGUUUAUUUUACUUUAGUGAAGUAAGAUGAUUGUGAUAGAUGAUGAAGUGGUUUAUUUUACUUUGGUGAGGUAAUGUGAUUGUGUUAGAUAAAGUGGUUUAUUUUACUUUAGUGAAGUAAGAUGAUUGUGAUAGAUAGAGUGGUUUAUUUUACUUUGGUGAGGUAAGAUAAUUAUGAGAAACGAAGAGGUUCAUUUUUCUUUAGGGAAUUGGGAUCAUGAUGAGGGAAGGGGAUCCUUAUUCUUGAGUGAGUUAAGAUGGUUAUAAGAUGAUGGUUUCUUUUUCUUUAGGAAGUUAAGAGGAUUAUGAUAGAGGAAGUGGUUAUUUUUUUAUUUAGCUUUAUAUUUAUCGUAAAUUUGAUUUGUUUGAGUAGUUUAGAAUUUGUUAUUUUUCAAAUUCAAGGACUUAUUCCUCAUGUAUAGGUGAAAUGGAAUAUCACCAACAUUAUAGAGGCUGUAAUGCAGCAAAAUUGGAAUGAAUAAAGUUUUUAGAAUACU